AAUGUCAAUCAACGAAACGGAACUCAUCUCAUCCUUUAAUCGGAUAAUCGAGGAAAUAUUUAAAAUCGCAUAACAUGUUCACGCUGUCUGGCAAAAAUUGAGGGAGGAGUGAUACGUGGCGAUGGCACGAGCCGACACGUGCCGGUGCCGCUUUAUACAAACAGCAUUAUGCACGCUCGUGCUAACAUAAAUUACUGCGGGUUUAAUAUCGUACGUCGACGUUGGUCAUGGACGGCCACCUCCUGAGCAAAACACGCAACCAACCGACCUUGUUCCAUUACGAAAUUCCUUUUAUUUUUCCCGAUCCAGGUCAUAUCGAAAUGGCAGAACUCAGUUAUGUUCGAAAUCCUUAUCCCCUACCGGAUUUAUACCCUCGCGAAGGUGUGUGGACGAAGAAGCCCGUACUAGGUAGUAAAGUUUCGCCAAAGGAUCUGGAAUGGAGUAGAAAGUUAAACGUGUACGAGCGUCUCUUUGCGCAUCACACGUUAACCAGUAUAAGAAAAGAUUGUAGACUUCAGAGAAAAGAGGUACCGGAGGACUCUUUGGAUUUGGCACUUUCGACCGUGUACAUUCAUAGCAAAGACACUCUCGUGCCGAAAUCCUAUAUCCCUGUGCAACCAGAAACGUUAGGAAAGAAAACGUGGCGUGUUUUAAAGAAUAAAGUCGAGAUUUACAGAGAGCCGGACAUCCCUGAGGAGAUGAAAGAGCCAGUGACCUUGUUCGUGAAAGAAGCGGAGUGUUAUUAUGGCCCUGUGCCAGAGAGACGAGUCCAUCCGAGUAGCGUGAAAUUAAAUAUCACCGCACCUCACUCAGUUCAAUCUAAUCCCGGAUACAGUCGCAAAAUCGACGGAACUUUUUACACAUUUUGAUAAAAAUACAUUGCAGAAAACAAUUUUG